AUGCAAACAUCCGGUCUUUGAGGAAAAUGGAAAUAAAAAUGUAACAACGUGUUGACACAUUCUUUGACGUGCGGAGACUUGACAAACCCGAUUUUCUGCCGCCGUCUCCAUGUUGUGGAAAUGCGAAGGUGCGUGCCUGUUCCUCUUCUCCACGGUCUGAGGCUGGUGCCCGUGUCUCCCUGCUGCUUUCAGGCUGUCAGCUCAGCGUCUGUUUAACGGCAGAUGGAGGUUGGAAGUCUCGUCUCGCACAGAGAGGACAUCUCCUCCAUGUUCCCACAUCAAAUACCCGGGGCCAAGUACAAAGAUCUGAGCAGCCAGUUCUCCUCUGUGAGGAAAGUACGUGGUGAUGGAAACUGCUUCUACCGGGCCUUCUGCUUCUCUCACAUGGAGUCAGUCCUGCAUAACGCCCGAGCUUUGCAGAGAUUCAAGGACAAAAUAAUUCAAAGCGGUGAAGUGUUGUCCUCUGCAGGAUUUGAUGAGAGCCGCUUCAAACAACACCUGGACACAGUGGUGGACGUGGUGGAGCAGUGCCAGGCUGACGAGCAGGACUACGCCUUGCUGAGGCUCUUCAAUGAGCAGAUCACCUCUGACCACGUGGUGCAGUAUCUCAGGCUGCUCACCUCGGCACACCUGCAGAGCAACGCACAGUUCUUCUCCAACUUUGUGGAGGCGCCCAAUCUACACGCAUACUGUCGUCAGGAAGUGGAGGUGAUGGGGAUGGAGUGCGAUCACGUGGACAUUCUGGCUCUCUCUGAGGCUCUGGACAUUUGCACACAUAUCGUCUCUGUGGACGGUGACGAGCAGCAGUUGGCUCACCACAUGAUUCCAGAGGGUGCUGAGCCCUCCCUGCACCUCCUCUACCAAACAUCGCACUACAACAUUCUCUACCCGCGACCUCACCACUGACCAGCGAUACGUCAACCCUGCACAGCUCAGGAACUCGAACUUUGGUUGAAUACAUCCCAGCAGCGCUUUAAGACACUUGUGAAAACGAAUUUUUAUAAAAUCUUGCAGCGUACAGAGAAUCAACAACAUCUGGAAAUACAAUUAUUGCACAUUG